AUGUACGCGGGCGGUGACUCAAGCGGAUGGAGCGUAUACAACAGUUAUUACUAUGAAAAGUGGAGUGAAGAUAGACAAUUUUGUGUUGGAGAUACUCUCUUUUUCGAAUACAACAAGCACAUCAACGACGUUAGAGAAGUCAGCAAUGAACUUGACUUCGAAUCUUGCACGCCAACUUCUACUGUAGCCUUGGACAAUACCGGACACGAUCUAGUUAGACUCACCAGACCAGGAGUGCAUGACUUUGUAAACUUAAAGACCGGUCUUUCUCAUGCUGGGAUCAAGCUUCGAAUCACGGUGCAACCAUCAACCGAAAACGUUACUUUGCCGGAUGCUCCCAAGAAGCUGUCUCCUAUUGACUACCUCAACAGGUGGUGGUUACGUUUUUUCAGACCUCAUCACUAG